ACAGCAUUUUCAGUGAGCACAGGCAGGAGAGAGGCUCUCAUUAGAACCGGCAACGGGAAUACAAGCAUCAGGUGAAAGGGAAACAUCUGGUUGAGCAAGAUUCAAUACAGCGGAGCCGAACAAAACCACGAGAAGAAUCAAAAAGCUAAUGAGAACAAAGACAAAACACCGAUAUGCUGAAUGUACAAAUUUUGCGCCUAAGGGGAUGCAAAUAUUUGCGCAUUGAAACUUUAAACAUUUGGUUUAUUGUAAAUUCCGGAGGAGUACGCACUAAAUGCGUUAACGCUUCCAAUAGUACAGUCUAAAACUAAAGACCACGAUGCAGCUAAUGAAAAUGUACCUUUACUGUUUCAAAUUAAGCUGGAAAAACUGCAUAAUUUAAUUACCUUAAUAGCGGACUUUACUUGUAGAUUUGUCGACUCAUUCCAUUCCGUUCUUCGGUUACAAAACACACUUAUAAAACUUCUCAAACAUGAAUGUAUUUUAAAAUUCAGAUAUUUUAGGUUCCGUCCAUUUGUUCACGUUUCAAAAGCGAAAGCUUUUUUUUUUCCUGAAGUGAUGGACGCGGCUGUUUUUCAUAACCAAAGUGAAAGAGCGAGCUUUUUCAACAGAACUGACGCUCGGGAGGCUCCACCGAAACUUUUGUUCGGUAUCGGCAUUGACAACUUCAUUACGCUUCUGAUCUUCGGACUCAUUUUUACACUGGGAGUGCUGGGCAACUCUAUGGUGAUAACGGUGCUGGCUCGCAGCAAGCCGGGCAAACCUCGCAGCACCACUAACAUCUUCAUCCUAAACCUCAGUAUAGCCGACCUCUCCUAUCUCCUGUUUUGUAUCCCUUUCCAGUCCACAGUCUACAUGUUACCAACAUGGGUCUUGGGAGCUUUCAUCUGCAAGUUCAUUCACUACUUCUUUACCGUUUCCAUGCUCGUCAGCAUCUUUACCCUCUCUGCCAUGUCUGUGGACCGCUACAUUGCCAUCGUGCACUCCAGAAAGUCCUCCUCCAUUCGAGUGGCAAGGCACGCUCUGAUAGGGGUGAUUGCGAUUUGGAUCCUGUCUCUCGCCAUGGCCGCCCCUGUAGCCCACCACCAGAACAUCGUUGAAAGAGGGGGGAACAGUACGUUUUGUUGGGAAGUGUGGCCGGACCACAAGCAAAAGAAGAUUUACGUGGUGUGCACCUUUGUUUUUGGGUAUCUACUGCCUCUUCUCUUAAUUUCCUUCUGUUACGCAAAGGUUUUGAAUCACCUGCACAAAAAACUAAGAAACAUGUCCAAAAAGUCGGAGGCGUCCAAGAAGAAGACAGCACAGACGGUCCUGGUGGUAGUGAUCGUGUUCUGCAUCUCCUGGUUACCCCAUCAUGUGGUCUACCUUUGGGUUGAGUUUGGAUCAUUUCCCCUCAACCAGGCCUCAUUUGUGUUCCGAGUAGCUGCUCACUGUCUCGCCUACAGUAAUUCCUCUGUGAAUCCCAUUAUAUAUGCCUUCCUCUCAGAAAACUUCAGGAAGGCCUACAAGCAGGUCUUUAAGUGCCAGAUUACAGGUGAAUCCCCUUUGAACGACGUCAAGGAGAUUCGAAGCAAAGUGGACACUCCGCCAUCUACCAACUGCACCAACGUGUGAGUGCACUCAGCAAGAUUGUCUUUGGUCACAGAAAACAAAACAGGUCCAAGCAAAAGAAUGUUGAUAAUCCUUGGUAAAAUGGGAUAGUCUAGAAAAUAAUUUUCUGGGAUGGAAAGGAGAUGAGAGCCAGCCUUUUGUGUUACGUUAUAAACUGAAACCUCAAUGCUGUUUAAAAUUCAACCAGUAUUAUACACCAUUUCUAAAUCUCUUUUUAGAACAAAAACAAAUACUCCACUUGUCUUCAGUUGAAGCUGCUGGUGUCACAAAGGAAGAGUAAACAAGCAGGCCACCUUUGGAAGCAGGUCUCAGAGUGUUAUUAAAUGAUCACUAAAAUCUAAAUGUUCUCUAGUUUUGAAGCUGGAUUUUUUAUUAGUUACAGUACUUUCAAUAAAAAUGGUUAAAUGACCAACUACAGAAUAAUCCAUCUUCUGCACAUUUGUUGUGUAGAGAACCUGUUUUAAUUGGCUUAAGUAGUACACAAUUGGGCUUAGAUAUUAAACUGAUAAUUUUAGGUUACAAAGGCACAUAAAUCUGUUGCUUUAAGAAAUAAAUUCAGCAAGGUACUGUGUGAAAACCACAACUCAGUUAGAAAUGAGAAAGCUGACAUUUGCUUACAAUUAAUGCAUAUUGUGCAUGCAUAUGAAGAUUUAAAUGUGUUGUGAACACUUAUUAAAGUGCAUGACUUUUGAAUACUUAACACUUCACCUAAAUGUGACAGUGUGAACAUCUAUGAACCACAGCAUUGUUUCUGCCUUAAUCGGCCUUCAUAGAAACAUUUAUAUUAAGGUUCUAUUGUGUGUUUGAACAAAGAGUUCACAUCUACUAAGAUACCAUCUACAAAGCUGAGACCGAUGCUGCUUGCAUUGUUGCUGCUUUCCAGAAAAAAAUAGCUCCUGAAAAGACUUGAGGAGAAAAACAAGGCAAUGUAUUAUUCUUCCUGUGAAAACGGGACUGAGCACUGUACCACUCUCAUUUGGUUUAGGUCCAUGGACUGUUUCUCUGCAUUCACCCUCAGAAAAAUGUAAAAUACCCUUAUUUAAACAUUUCCAAUUAUAAGACUGGAGACUGGACACACAACUAAAUAACUAAGGAAAAUACAGAAACAGAGUGAGAAUAUGAAAUUCUCUAUGACUUGUAUUUUAAGACAGAAGCAUUAUUGUAAGUUCACUUAACACAGGAUUUAAUUGUUUUUGUGGCCCACACCACAAUGGUGCUGUUGAAUUAAAUAAUUUUAUUUUUAAUAAUAAUAUUAAUAACAACAUAAUUAUUUUUUUCUAUGCGUAAUUCUGAAGAAACACUAUAUGAAAUUGAAAUGACAAUAUGACCUUACAAACCCUGGUUAUAAAGAGGUUGUACCAGUUGAAGCUCCUAUAGAGUAGAUAAAAAAACCUGUCCUUAUUAUGAAGAAACUGAAGUUGUGUUUUUAACAAUUCAGAAGUUGUGGUUUUAACUGCGUUGUUGCUCCCUUAAGUUGUUUGGUGAGUGGUUUUUAUAGAAUGCUGCAGAUGAGCAGCUGUGCCAGAUACAGUGGUAUGUCUAGUCAACACUGAAUGACAGGUGACCCACUCUUUUAAUUUGCAUUAUUUGCUUGAACCACAGACACUUGUUAAUUAUUGUACACUAACACACUCUUUGCCCACAUGUGCUCACUGGCCUCACAACCAUGUCAUGGGUUUUUGAUCUGGCUAUCUGUCUAGUUUAGCAAUUAUUUUUUUCUUCUACUUGAAGAAUGAUCUGGGCACCAUUCAGAGAGUCCUUCACAACAUGCAUAGAAAAACACAAGGGGGACCAUCAGGGAAAUCACUAACUGGCCCUGGGCAGUCCAUAUACAGUAGGUAAAUAUUGCAUUUGUCUUUAAGGCAUAAGACAUCCUAGAAUUUAUUUUUCUGUUGAAAAAUAAUUUGUCAACAUUUUUAUUUUUUUUCUCAACAGUCAUCUAAUUAACUUGCUUUCCACAUAGCAUUACCUCAGGCAGAACCAGAAAUGUACACACUUACAGUAAGUCACAGUAAACACUUCAGUAAUCAACAGCUGGGUUCUUAUUCACAUUGGAUUGCUGUGUGGACAGAGCAGACUCCCUUUUGUGUUAAAUAAUUUUACUUGGCAUUUAAACUGGCCACAUUACAUUUUGUUGCACUUACUGUAUCUCACAGGCUUAUUAUUUCCUUGUUUAUUUUGAAGACAUGCUUGUUUUGUUUAUUGAAGAUUGACAUCCUCUGAAGCAGGGAAUUCUAUUGAAAACUCUCCUCAUCCCAACAAAACCAUGUAGGUUUUGAUGUUUAAGUACUGUACGUAGCUAUUUGCUGCCACAAGUAGUUACUGUUACAUUUUACAUAGCCUUCAUAUUUCCCUGCCAUCCUGGAAUUGAAAUACAAAAUAAAAGGCAGGGUCAAGUGGGAAUUCACCAUGAAAAGGUCCCCUGAGUAAGGUUCCUGGCUCAAAGGCAUUCGUGUCAGCAGGAACUUGGAGGCCAAGGAUUAUAUAUUCCUCUUCUGUGUGUUUUUGAACAUAUCUUUCAAUUGCUAAUGUUUUCUAUUAAAAUGCAAAGUUAAAUGUAAAUAUAGGUUUCCUUUUAUUAAGAGCAAUAGAGAAUAAUUUCUUGAUGUUAUUACGCCCAGGACUAGCAAUCAUGUUGACUGAGAGUCAUUCAAACCAAAUGCAGUGGCAGUUUCAAUGCAAAUAAGGCACAAUCCUUUUUACUUUACCGGUGUGACUGAACUAAAUGUGAAGUAGCCACAGUGCGAGGUUCUCUUAAUUUCACUUCGGCAUUAAAGUGAUAAAACACAAAGGAUGAGGAAAGAACUAGACUUAUUAUGUAUAAGGUAGUAGUGUAUACAGAACAGUAACUUAGCUUCCUUAGUAUGCUAAAUGUGUUCAGAUCCUUCAAUGUCAGUCUUUGGGUAUAGGAUUGGAGUCUUUGAGUUGCAUGGCUAGAGAUGUAAAAGGGCUGGAGCUCAGGGUCUGACCUGUGCUGCAGUGGAGCUGUAGUUAAAUGAAGUCAUUCUUAGUCUCUGAGGAGACUGAAUUUAGUUGGGGAAAAUGCAUUAGGGCUCUUAAUGUGUAAUGCAAUUAGUAUAUUUCCUCCAUUGACUUCUUAUGAGACAUGAGACAGUAACUGCACAUGUGGAUUGUUGGUGAAAUCUUAGGUGGGAUACUGCUGUUGUUACCACUAAGCAAGGUACUUCAAUGCAGUAAAUGCCCUGCUGUAUGAAUGAGUUCCAAGAUUUGACAACAAAUUCUAAUUUUUUCUCAGUGGUCCUACCUAGUGAAAUAAAAAUAUAUAUUCAAUGUUUCGAAAUGUAUUAGAGGCACUUACAGUACCCUAAAGAAAGUCUUGAGAAAGCAAUAACAUUUUUUCCAUGAUACUGAGCACACAUAAAAUUGUACAACUUCCCCAACUGUACAUAAUUGCUUAUAAAACAAACCUUCAGUAGAAAGUGGUACAAUGCUCUGUUCAAGACAGAGGUCUACAGAAAUAUGAGAUGUUUUGCAAUGCUUUUAAAGCAAUUACUGUAUUAAUUUAAAUUGAGUGUUAUGCUUAAAUAUUAUUAGUACAAAAUUCAUUAAUUGGUUAUUAAAACAAUUUUCAAGAAACAAUAUUUGAUUUAUUGUAAAUAAAUGUAUCUUAUUUGCUUUGCAGUAUUGUUAUGUACCCAGUGCAUUCACUUCAAAUACUGUUUCAAGAAUGUCAUCAAAUAUUAACAACAUGAUAUCGGUAUUUAGCAAUAGCAUAACUUUAUUUUAUUCUGUAAAGAUAUACAAAUAUAACUUGGGACAGUAAGGGCUUUCACAUUUUGCUAAUGGUUAACACAGAAAUGGAUAUACAGGAUUUACUGAUGCACAUAAACACCAAUUAACACCAAAUAGUGUUAGAGGUUUCUGUGCUGGUUGAUUACAGAAUUCUGAGGAAAAGGUUUAUAUGAUAAUUGGUGAUGUACUGUAUAGUGUUAAUACUGUAUGUUCUUCACUUCUUCGUUGUAUACCUGUAACACAGGAAAAUUUACAUUGAAUACCACAAAACAUAUUUCUUGCAUGUUUCAUUUUGGGGUGUCAGUGUUUACCAAGACAAGAACUGCAACAGAUUUUAAACAUUUAAUGAAUGUAUUGCUCUUUCAGUUUUACUUUAUAUAACUGUUAAACAUUUUGUAGUAGCAAAAUUGUUUUUGAGGAAUACUGUGUGGCAUUCUUAUUCAUUAAGUGUAAUCACAAUUUGAGCGCUUGUGUUACAUUUGAAAACAGGAAAACAAAUUAGCCGAAAGGCUGUAGUUCUGCGUCUCAGGUGUAGUAAGUGUUGAACACAGUAUUGUCUGCUUGUCAUAUUGAAACAUAAAUGGUACCCUGAGAGAAGAGUCCUUCAUCUUGACCUCUCCUCUCCUCUUUCUUUUUUAAAAGUGUAUAUACAGUACUGUAACAUUUGUCAAAUGUACUGAUUCUACAGAUUUACUGCUUUUCACAAACUGUUUUAAAAAGGGAAUUAUGAUUUCAGCAACUAAGGAAUACUUUAAGAUUGCAAUGGCUUUCCCUCACAAACAAGAAUUAUUUUGUCAAGGCUUUUGUUUAACAGAUUUUGUCUAGAAAUGUAUUAAAAAUCUGUUAAAAUGUAAAUUAUAUAUGUUUUCCAACCUUGAAACAGACAAAUGAGCAUUUUACACUGUGCAGCAUGCUUACAAUCCACAUUUUUGUCCUUCACUGUGUUUUAUAAAACAACACUACCUCCCCUGGUUCUACAGUAGGCUUAAUUAAAAUUUUUGUAUGACCAGAUGCAUAGAUUCAGGCUAGAUAAAACAGCUCUGUCAGUAAUAGCCUGGGACCAGCUGACUAAAAUCUGUGGUCCUGAUUCCCAGAUUAAUGAAUUGCUGAUGUUGGUCUUGUUGACCAUGGUGAUCAAAGGCACAUAAACGAUUCAGUGUCCUUUAACAAACAUGUUACUGCUACAUCUGAGUAUAGUAUAGCUUCUUAAAUAUUAAUUUCCUUUCCUUUUUUUUCACAGGAUCCAUAUUGGAAAAAAAAAGUUUUUUUCCUGCUACUGUUCAAAAGGUUACCCUUGUGUUAAAUCAUGAGGCUCUUAGGCUGGGAGUAUGGCCAACAGCAGUCACAAAUGCUCAGGACAUUUUGGUUGGACUAUCGCAGAUAUAGGAUAUACUGUAGAAGCAUUUCUCAUUGAUCCAAGAUUUGGGGAAGCUGAAGGUGUAGGUUUUUAUUUCAUAUAGGCAAAUUUCAAGCUGAUUUUGAAUAUGCAUUGUUUGAUACAACACUGGAUUCUCAGUGGUAUAAAAAUGUUGUUUUUAGGGGAGGGGCAGUGACCAGAUUUAACAUUUCCUGGCAAUGAGGAAUAGGUCAGUUCUCCCUUUCAAAUUAUGACAUUACACAUCUACAAACCCAAUCCUACUUAUGUGUAACAGCUCAGAUCCUCCUUUUCUAGAAUUUGAUUUUAUAGGGAUUUCCAACUUAAACAUAGCUGACAAUGUGUGUUGACUUUGUAUGCUAUUGGAUUUAGAUUGAAUACAGUACUUAUCUUUGAUUCUGGGUACCCCCUGGACAGUCUCUGAUGUUUCCUUUACCCCCUAUUGAAAACCCUGGUUUUAGAGGCAAGUCACACACUGUUCUAAAGGACUCAGAAGUCAUCAGGACUGUCUAUAGAAGCCCUUUCACUGCUAAUUGUGUACACACUCCUCUUCAAGAAGGCUAAAGGACCUGUCCAUCUCUGUCUCAUUUAGAACUGGGGCUGUUUAAAGACUUCAACAGAAGCAACAUGCUUUCUAUAAAAGGAAUCAUAUCUUAAGUGUUUUGUUUGUAAAGCUUCUUCUGCUGUUUCCAACAUUUCCAUAAUGUAUAUGUGAUAUUACUUUACUUUGCCUUAAUGGCUUAUUAUCUAAAUUACUUUAAUGGAAAAAGGGGACUUAACUGCAACUGCAGCCGUGGCUGAGAGCACAGACUUGUUAAAAGCAUUAUCUUAAGAUGGUGAUACAAAGAAGUAAGAAGCUAGGCACAUGAUUUCUACAUCCUGGGUACUUUGAUUCCAAUUAGGUUACCAUGGAAAGUUGCAUUUAUGAAAGCUAGUCAGAUGCAGGGCUUUGUUCAGCAACAAGACAGAAACACGAACAGAAAGGGGAAGAGGAAGGACAUGCCUGCAGCCCUUCUCACCAUCACAUUGCAGCACAAUUGGAAAAACCUGCUGAAAGCACAUAAGGUUUCUAAAUUACUCGAACACAGCAGUGAAAGCGAAUGCAUUGAGAGCUCAAGUACUCAGAAUAGCUGGGCAAUGUCAUUUCGUAUUCCUUGUUAACUCUUUUUUUGUACUUUUCUAUUCUGCCCACUUGGCUUCAGUUCCUGUAAUGUUAUUGUGACCUUGUACUGCGCCAUAGUCAUGGUGUUGUGAUGCAUUUAUCUACAUGAUAUACUGCUAAAGGAAUAAAUAAAGAGACACUGUGUUGCUUAGCACUACUUUCUCCACUCUUCGUUUUCAGAUUGAGGCAAUGUUAAUAAAAUUUGUUGUGCUUCAUGUA